UUUGAACUCCAGAAGGACCAAAACCAGAUAAAUUAUGAAUGUUGAACAAGAUGACCUUACAUCCACAGCAGAUAAUGAUAGGUCCUAGGUUUAACAGGGCCCUAUUUGACCCCCUGCUUGUGGUGCUGCUGGCUCUUCAACUCCUUGUGGUGGCUGGUCUGGUGCGGGCUCAAACCUGCCCUUCAGUCUGCUCCUGCAGCAACCAGUUCAGCAAAGUGAUUUGCGUUCGGAAAAACUUACGUGAGGUUCCAGAUGGCAUCUCCACCAACACUCGGCUGCUGAACCUCCAUGAGAACCAAAUCCAGAUCAUCAAAGUGAACAGCUUCAAGCACUUGAGGCACCUGGAAAUCCUCCAGUUGAGUAGGAAUCACAUUAGAACAAUUGAAAUUGGGGCCUUCAAUGGUCUGGCAAACCUCAACACCCUGGAACUCUUUGACAAUCGUCUCACUACCAUCCCGAAUGGAGCUUUUGUAUAUUUGUCUAAAUUGAAGGAGCUCUGGUUGAGAAACAACCCCAUUGAAAGCAUCCCUUCUUAUGCUUUUAACAGAAUCCCUUCUUUGCGCCGAUUAGACUUAGGGGAAUUGAAAAGGCUUUCAUACAUCUCAGAAGGUGCCUUUGAAGGUCUGUCCAACUUGAGAUAUUUGAACCUUGCCAUGUGCAACCUCCGGGAAAUCCCUAAUCUUACGCCGCUCGUAAAACUAGAUGAGCUGGAUCUUUCUGGGAAUCAUUUGUCUGCCAUCAGGCCUGGCUCUUUCCAGGGACUGAUGCACCUUCAAAAACUGUGGAUGAUACAGUCUCAGAUUCAAGUGAUUGAACGGAAUGCCUUUGAUAACCUUCAGUCACUCGUGGAGAUAAACCUGGCGCACAACAAUCUGACAUUACUGCCUCAUGACCUCUUCACGCCCUUGCAUCAUCUAGAGCGGAUACACUUACAUCACAACCCUUGGAACUGCAACUGUGACAUACUGUGGCUCAGCUGGUGGAUAAAAGACAUGGCCCCCUCCAACACAGCUUGUUGUGCCCGGUGUAACACCCCUCCCAAUCUGAAAGGGAGGUACAUUGGGGAGCUCGACCAGAAUUAUUUCACAUGCUAUGCUCCUGUGAUUGUGGAGCCCCCAGCAGAUCUCAAUGUCACUGAAGGCAUGGCAGCUGAGCUGAAAUGCAGGGCCUCCACGUCCCUAACCUCUGUAUCCUGGAUUACUCCAAAUGGAACAGUCAUGACACACGGGGCGUACAAAGUGCGGAUAGCUGUGCUCAGCGAUGGCACAUUAAAUUUCACGAAUGUAACCGUGCAAGAUACGGGCAUGUAUACAUGUAUGGUGAGUAAUUCCGUUGGAAAUACCACUGCUUCAGCCACCCUGAAUGUUACUGCAGCAACCACUACUCCUUUCUCUUACUUUUCAACUGUCACAGUAGAGACUAUGGAACCUUCUCAGGAUGAGGCACGGACCACAGAUAACAACGUGGGCCCCACUCCAGUGAUUGACUGGGAGACCACCAACGUGACCACCUCUCUCACGUCCCAGAGCACAAGGUCGACAGAAAAAACAUUCACCAUCCCAGUGACUGACAUAAACAGUGGGAUCCCGGGAAUUGAUGAGGUCAUGAAGACUACCAAAAUUAUCAUUGGCUGUUUCGUGGCCAUCACACUCAUGGCUGCGGUGAUGCUGGUCAUUUUCUACAAGAUGAGGAAGCAGCACCAUCGGCAAAACCACCACGCCCCAACAAGGACUGUUGAAAUCAUUAAUGUGGAUGAUGAGAUUACAGGAGAUACACCCAUGGAAAGCCACCUGCCCAUGCCUGCUAUUGAGCAUGAGCACCUAAAUCACUAUAACUCUUAUAAAUCUCCCUUCAACCACACAACAACAGUUAACACAAUAAAUUCAAUACACAGUUCAGUGCAUGAACCGUUAUUGAUCCGAAUGAACUCUAAAGACAAUGUACAAGAGACUCAAAUUUAAAACAUUUACAGAGUUAUGGAAAACAAACAAUCAAAAAAAAGACAAUUUGUUAAAAAUGACACAAAUGACUGGGCUAAAUCUACUGUUUCAAAAAAGUGUCUUUACAAAAAAAACAAAAAAGAAAAGAAAUUUAUUUAUUAAAAAUUCUAUUGUGAUCUAAA